UCCCAAGCAGCAGAAACCAGCAGAAACCAGACACCAGCGAGCAGGAAAGUGGCAAAAAUGCUUUUUUUUAGUUGAUAAUUAGUCUAUAUUUAAUUAAUCAUGAUGGAUUAUGAAUUUAAAAUGAAAACCCAAAAAGAUCGAACGAAAGUUGAAGAUUUAUUUGAAUUUGAAGGAUGUAAAGUGGGCCGAGGUACUUAUGGACACGUCUACAAAGCUCGCAGAAAAGAAGGAGUUCCAGACAGUGAACUGAAGUCUCGACCAGACACUAAAGAUUUCGGAUUAAAGCAAAUUGAAGGCACGGGGCUUUCUAUGUCUGCUUGUCGCGAGAUUGCAUUACUCAGGGAAUUAAAACAUAUUAAUGUGAUAACUCUGAUACGCGUAUUUCUCUCACAUACAGACAGAAAGGUCUGGUUACUUUUUGACUUUGCCGAGCACGAUUUAUGGCAUAUUAUCAAAUUUCAUAGGGCGGCAAAGGCUAACAAAAAAACUGUUUUGGUGCCUAAAGGAAUGGUGAAAUCUUUAUUGUAUCAAAUUUUAGAUGGUAUUCAUUAUUUGCAUUCCAAUUGGGUUCUUCACAGGGACUUGAAACCGGCGAAUAUUUUAGUAAUGGGAGAAGGAAAUGAAAGGGGACGUGUAAAAAUUGCGGAUAUGGGUUUCGCGAGAUUAUUUAAUGCGCCCUUAAAGCCACUUGCCGAUUUGGAUCCUGUUGUUGUGACUUUUUGGUAUAGAGCUCCUGAAUUACUUUUGGGUGCGAGGCAUUACACAAAAGCAAUUGAUAUUUGGGCGAUUGGAUGUAUAUUUGCGGAAUUAUUAACGUCGGAACCAAUAUUCCACUGUCGACAGGAAGAUAUUAAAACUAGUAAUCCAUAUCAUCAUGAUCAAUUGGAUAGGAUAUUUAAUGUAAUGGGAUUCCCCAUGGAAAAAGAUUGGGAAGAUAUUAAGAAAAUGCCUGAACAUCCGACUUUGCUUAAAGAUUUUAAACGAUCCAACUACGCAAAUUGUUCCCUAACGAAAUAUAUGGAUCGACAUAAAAUAAAACCAGACAGCAAAGCGUUUGCUUUGUUGCAAAGACUGUUGGCGAUGGAUCCCAAUAAAAGAAUCACAUCCGAACAGUCAAUGCAGGAUCCUUAUUUUUUGGAGGAACCUCUACCAACUCAAGAUAUUUUCGCGGGCUGUCCAAUUCCUUAUCCAAAGAGGGAAUUCCUGACGGACGACGAUACAGAGGAAAAGACUGAAAACAAAGCAAGGCAGAAUCAGCAACAAACGCAACAAAAUCAACAAGCCCAAGGAGGUAAUGGGGAACACAAUCACGGGCAAAACCCCAAAAGAGUGAGACUGAAUGGACCGCAUGGAGCGCCAGAAUUUCAUCAGCACCAAAGUCACACAAUGAAUCAUCAACAACCACAAGGAAUGGUUUAUUCGGCCACACAACCAUCACAACCAGCAAAUUUUCAUCAACGCUUUUAAAAUAGAUAUCUCCGAUAUCAUAUUGAUUUAUCUAAUAAAAAAAAACAGAAAUGACGUUUGUUUUUUGCGUGAAAAAAAGACGCGAAAGAAAAAAAAAGUCCGACAAGUAUUUCUCAGUGACCCAUUGACUUAUUGUGUAUGUAUGCAUGUCUGAAUUACGAAUAAUGUCAACUGUAUAUUAUCUUCGUCCGAGACUAGAAAUUUAUUUAUAUACAUAAAAAAAGAAACAA